GUGGAUGCAGGUGGCUUCCCCAGCCCGGUCCAGGUGUGGCCAGCCCCCUGGGCGGUGUCACCGUCCACGCAGCCGCGUGGCUUUUCUAAGAACCACGUCGGUUACAGGCUCGCCUCCCUUCUAUUUUCUAGGCAUCAAGAGUAAACGGCUCGGGGUGUGUGGCUGGGUCCUGUUUUCCCUUUCUUUGCUGCUGCUGAUCAUUACCUUCCCUGUCUCCAUAUGGAUAUGCUUGAAGGUCAUUAAGGAGUACGAACGGGCUGUCGUAUUCCGACUGGGACGCAUCCAAGCUGACAAGGCCAAGGGGCCAGGUUUGAUUCUGAUCCUGCCCUGCAUAGAUGUGUUUGUCAAGGUUGAUCUCCGGACUGUUACUUGCAACAUCCCUCCACAGGAGAUCCUCACCAGAGACUCUGUGACCACUCAGGUGGAUGGCGUGGUCUAUUACAGAAUCUACAGCGCUGUUUCGGCAGUGGCAAAUGUCAACGAUGUCCACCAAGCCACAUUUCUGCUGGCUCAGACCACUCUGAGAAAUGUCUUAGGGACACAGACUUUGUCCCAAAUCUUAGCUGGCCGAGAAGAGAUCGCCCAUAGCAUCCAGACCUUACUGGACGAUGCCACCGAGCUGUGGGGGAUCCGGGUGGCCCGAGUGGAAAUCAAAGACGUCAGGAUCCCCAUCCAGCUGCAGAGGUCCAUGGCGGCCGAGGCCGAGGCCACCCGGGAAGCCAGGGCCAGGGUCCUGGCAGCAGAAGGGGAAAUGAAUGCAUCUAAAUCUCUGAAGUCAGCCUCCAUGGUGCUGGCCGAGUCCCCCAUAGCGCUCCAGCUGCGUUACCUGCAGACCUUGACCACCGUCGCCACCGAGAAGAACUCCACCAUUGUGUUCCCUCUGCCCAUGAAUAUACUCGAGGGCAUUGGUGGCAUCAGCUAUGACAACCACAAGAAGGUCCCUAACAGAGCCUGAGGUCCUCCCGCUGCAGCCAGCCGUUGCGUACACGUUCCUAUGGAGAACCCAGUAGUUAGAAGUGUCGAGAAUUUCAACACUACUCAGAGUAUAACCCCACAGCUGGAAUAGCAUUAGCAGGGAAACGCUGUAGACGCUCUAGAAAAAGAAAAAGGGGAAAAAAGCGUUGUGUACUACUUUUAUUUUUAAGAACAUAAAAAAACUGCAUUCUUCUUAUUCUAGUCAAUGAGUAGGUGUCCCUGACUUACAGCAGGAACCUUCUUGCAGUAGGGGGAGGAAAUCUUUGGGUGGCUGUGACUAAGAUUUCAGAAUUACUUUUUGAUGGGUUUAAGAAGCACUCCAGAUAAUCUGCAAAGUAACCCGGGCCUCGUAUGCAGACUGGCUAUUUGCUUUAUCAUUCCAAAGUAAUUAUUUGUUAAAUUUACAAUAGUUGGAGCAAAACCCCACAGUGCUUAAAAUUAUGAUUGAUUUUGAUGGUAAAGACUAAACAGGCACUGAGGCUCCCAGCUGCAAUCUUAUCACCACCACCCCCUCCCCAGGCAGACUGCACUCGGCUGUACCUGGGAGUGGUGGCCCAUCCCAGCCUCCAGGCACCCUUGUCAGGGGGACAGACAAGGCAUAAGGAGGCUGCAAGCUCCAGUCAGUUUAUCUGCUCACAAGUGAGAACGCUUGUAGAAGGUCUUAUUGGUUGAACUUAUUGGGGAACCUUCGCCUGUGGACCUCAUGUGUUCACUCUGUCGUGGCUCCCAAGAGCCACAAGUAAUCAAGAAUUGUUUGUAAAUUCUAUUCUCCCCCCUCCAAACCCCCAAAAUCAUCAACAACAAAAAACUUAUUAAAA